UGUCAAUGUUCGCGAUUCAAUCCAGAACACUUCCGUCAAAAUAAUUGUCAACAAUGGCAGUCUGCGUAGCAGUUAUCGGCAAAGAUAACUCGCCCCUGUACAUAGGCGGCGUGGGCAAUGACACGAGCACGGACAACGAGCUGUCGCGCCAGUGGCUCGUGCACACAGCACUGGACGCACUCGAGGAGCGGCUGGCCACCACCAACACCAGUGCUGCAGGCGCCAACGCCACGGCUGCUAGAACUGACUUGAGGGACCUGUAUUUAGGCUUGCUGUAUUCCACGGAUACUCAUAAAAUCUAUGGGUACGUAACGAACACUCGCAUCAAGCUAGUUCUGGUGACGUCAUCGACUUCGCCCAGUGGCUCCAACAUCCGCGACGCUGAAGUGCGGACGGCGCUCCGUCGCUUGCACGCGCUUUAUGCCGAUGCCAUCUGCAACCCAUUCCAUUUGCCCGGAGACCAGAUAACUUCGCAGAAAUUCGACAAACAAGUACGCCAUCUAAUGCUGAACAACGUGUAAUCAUCUGAACGUGUUUCCUUAUGACUUGUCGAUGUUAAGUUCAAUUCAACUGUGCAGAAAAGUUCAUACGAAAAGAUUUUCUCCCAAUUAUAAUGAUUAAGUAUUAUAAUUUUAAUAUUAAGUUAAUCAACAUCUUGUGAUGUUUGACUGUUUAUAUGCUUUACGAAUAAACGUUUUUAUUUACCGAA